AUGCAGAAAAACUCUUCAACAGCAGGAUCAAACUUUAUUCUUCAGAAUUUCAUAGAAGCAGCACAACACAGGCACCAAAACCAUGUGAAUUUCAGCUAUGUGAGUUCGGCUACUCUCCGAAACCAAAACCCUACGGUUUUGUUCGUAACCUUACUUCCUGCACAAAGCCAGGCAAACGGGCAAGGGGCACGGGUUCAACAGUUAGAAGAGACACCUGAGCCCACAAGCGUUAUUCCCACACGGCUCAGAGGAGCACGUUCCUGGGGAUCCCACGGCUGCGUGCAACACAGAACGAAGCGGCAAAGUGUCUGUUCGCGUUACGCCAAACCCGGGGCGGCUGCGGACGACAGGCAGCCGCCCGGGCAGGGGCGGCUCUUUCAGCUCGUACGGGCCGCGCUAAACCAGAGAGCGGCGGGAGGGGACCCAGUCGCGGUCCGACAGACUCGGGCACCAGUUCAAGCAUAUACGGGGAGGGAAUGGACCCUGGAGCCAGGAAUGGAGAUGAGGGAUUACAGAGCUUUACAUUCUUACAACAUUGCAGAAAUUCAGAAAGAUGUGGAAUAUCGACUGCCAUUCACUGUAAACAACUUGACAAUUAAUAUUAACAUCUUGCUUCCACCUCAGUUUCCUCAGGAAAAACCAGUCAUCAGUGUUUUCCCACCUGUGAGACAUCAUUUAAUGGACAAGCAGGGAGUGUAUGUGACCGGUCCAUUAAUAAGUAAUUUUACAAUGCACUCAGAUCUGGGAAAAAUUAUUCAGAGUUUGCUGGAUGAGUUUUGGAAGAAUCCUCCAGUUCUGGCUCCUAGCUCAACAUCAUUUCCAUACCUUUUCAACAAACCAGCUGGAAUGCCUCCUUACGCUCCUCAGGGGUUUCCAUUUCUUCCUCCGUACCCACCUCAAGAAACAAAUAGAACAAUGGCAGCCGUGCCAGUUGCUGAAUCAGUUUCUUCAAGCUACACUACAGACAAGCCUGCUGCUCCCUCUUAUGGCUUCAUUGCUGAUCUGCCACUACCUGUUCCAACAGCAGAAGCAGUGCUUCAGGUUGGCCAGAAUGGAUUUACUUACAAGAUGCCUGAUGUUCCUGAUACAUUUCCAGAACUCUCAGAACUAAGUAUAUCACAGCUGACCAAUAUGAACGAGCAAGAGGAAGUGUUACUGGAACAGUUUGUGACUCUACCACAACUGAAGCAAGUCAUUACUGACAGAGAUGAGUUAGUGAAAAGCAUUGAAGAGCUGGCAAAAAAAAACUUGUUGCUGGAGCCCAGUCUUGAGGCAAAAAGACAGACAGUGUUGGAUAAAUAUGAGCAACUCACACAGAUGAAAGCAGCCUUUGAAAAAAAGAUGCAAAGACAGCAUGAACUUAGUGAGAGUUGCAGUCCAAGUGCUCUGCAAGCCAGACUUAAAGUAGCUGCUCAUGAAGCUGAAGAGGAAUCUGACACUAUUGCAGAAGAAUUCUUGGAAGGCAAAACAGAAAUAGAUGACUUCCUUAGUAGUUUCAUGGAAAAGAGAACGCUCUGCCACUGUAGACGAGCCAAAGAGGAAAAACUUCAACAGGCAAUAGCAAUGCACAGCCAAUUUCAUGCUCCGCUAUAGACUUCCUGCAAACUACACCUGCCAAGAGAAUGAGUGAAAAACCCAAUAAAGCACACUUUUUAAUAACUAUUAUUUGCAAAUAAGCAUUUCAUCUUAUGUGGUUGUAUUUAUAGAAGAGAUUGUAUACAGAGUUGGGAUGGUUUUUGUACAAAUUAGAAUGUCUCUUUAUAUUCUCAUUGUACUCAAGAAUCCUUCUAUUGCAAUCUUUGCACUAAUUUCUUGUAUUUAUUGUUGAUAGUUCUUAUUAUAUUUAAGUUUCUGCUGCUAUACUCCAUUCUUCAGAGAUUAAAUAUCUAAACAUGUAA